GCCAUCGUAGCGCACGGGCUCGCGGGCCCCGCCAUGCACGUGACACCCCGACACUACCCGGAUGUUUCGCGUCACCUGGGCGCCGUUGCUCCGGUAACCGAACACCACGCCACGCCCCCCCACCAAAAAAAAAUACGGGCCUGGCUGCGAGUAAAAAGCCCCUGAAAAUCGCUUUGGACCGACGUCUGUGUGUGCGACACGGCUCUGUGUUAUUGGGAAUAAUAACCUGUGUAGACUCUCCUGAUAUUACACCGCGUGUAUGUUGUGCAGAAUAAAAUUAUAGAGCAGAAAAACCCUUUGUAGACUAGCAGACCCCAUAUCUGGAUUAAACAUUCCCACUUUCUUCUGUGAGGAAGAGGAAUAGCAAUGAGUCAAGUAAGGAAAUGAAUUCUUUCCUAGCCAUGGGACUCAGCUGAACAGAAAGAGCGAGAGCGUUAAUCCUGCAUGUGCUGGAGCGGUGGGAGGAGGAACCUGAGCUCUGGCGACUGGACGCUGGAGCCAAUGAGCGGCCGGUGCUGGCAGCCCCGGAGUGCGGUCCCUUUAACAGCCGGAAGAAGCAAGCAGAGGAGCCGGCAGCAUGGAGGCUUUCUGCAGCAUUGGAGGCUCCGACGUCUUUUGGGAUUUAAACAAGACAUGGUACACAGAUAAUCCAGAUUUUACACACUGCUUCCAAAUAACCAUCUUAGUCUGGAUCCCUUGCAUCUACAUUUGGAUUUGUUUCCCAUUCUACUUUCUGUUUCUUCGUUAUCGCGACCGAGGUUAUAUUAGAAUGUCACUUCUCAAUAAAAUUAAAACGGCAUUGGGAUUUGUACUGUGGAUAGUCUGCUGGACAGAUCUUUUCUAUGCUUUCUGGGAAAGAAGUCAAGGACUUGGCCGAGCUCCUGUUUUCAUAGUGAGCCCUGCAAUACUUGGGGUUACAAUGUGUGGCAGAUUGUCCAACUAUCUCUCCUAUAAAGACAUGAUGUCAGAGCCUUGCCAGUUGGUUGCAGUUUUCCUCAUCCAGUAUGAGAGGUUGAAGGGUGUCCAAUCCUCUGCUAUUCUUCUGAUCUUUUGGCUGCUGGCAUUGCUAUGUGCCAUUCCACCAUUGAGAUCCAAAAUAAUGCAGUUGAUUGACCGGGAAUCUCACAUUGACGUUUUUCGGAAUGCCACCUUUUACUUCUAUUUGGUUGGAGUGUUUGUACAGUUUAUACUUUCCUGCUUGACAGAUCAGCCUCCCCUCUUUUCUGAACCAGACAAAGACACUAAUCAGUGCCCUGAACUAAGUGCUUCGUUCCUGUCCAAGAUAACAUUCUGGUGGUUUACAGGGAUGACUAUUUUGGGAUAUAAACGGCCGUUGGAGCCAAAUGAUUUAUGGUCCUUAAAAAAGAAGGAUAAAUCGAAAAUGAUUGUGCCACAUCUAGUUGAAGAAUGGGAGAAGGAAUGUUUUGUGAAAACCAGACAAAGUGAAAUGAUAUACACUCCUCAGAAGAACAAAACCAAAAAGGAGCCCACGGGUUCUGAGGAACCUGGUGAAACACAAGUACUGAUUUUAAAGAAGAAAAAGAAUUUGCAGCCUUCAUUGCUGAAAGCAUUGUGUAGAACCUUUGGCCCAUAUUUUAUGAUCAGCUUUUUGUAUAAGAUUAUUCAUGAUUUACUGAUGUUCGCGAGCCCUGAAAUUCUGAAGUUGCUUUUGCAGUUUAUCAAUAACGACAAGGCUCCAGGCUGGCACGGCUACUUUUAUGUUGUGCUACUAUUUUUAUGUGCAUUUAUCCAGACUCUGUUCCUUCAUCAGUACUUCCAAAUUUGCUUUGUCACUGGAAUGAGACUAAAAACUGCCAUUAUCGGAGCAGUUUAUAGAAAGGCACUGGUAAUUUCCAAUGCAGCAAGGAAGACAUCCACAGUUGGGGAAAUUGUAAAUUUGAUGUCUGUGGAUGCACAAAAGUUUAUGGAUUUGAUAACUUACUUAAACAUGAUCUGGUCUGCACCACUGCAGGUGAUCCUGGCUAUGUAUUUCCUGUGGCAGAAUCUGGGGCCUUCUGUGCUAGCAGGUGUGGCAGUUAUGAUUCUUCUUGUCCCAGUAAAUGGUGUGAUCGCAAUGAAAACGAAAAACUUCCAGGUCACACAGAUGAAAGAAAAAGACAAUCGUAUCAAACUGAUGAAUGAGAUUCUAAAUGGAAUAAGAGUGUUAAAGCUAUAUGCUUGGGAACUGGCAUUUAAGGAGAAGGUGCUGCAAAUUAGGCAGAAAGAGCUGAAGGUACUCAAAAGUGCUGCCUAUUUGUCAGCAGUUUCAACUUUCACUUGGGUCUGUGCACCAUUUUUGGUCGCUUUGUCUACAUUUGCAGUGUAUGUAACUGUAGAUGAGAAGAAUGUGUUGGAUGCCCAGAAAGCUUUCGUUUCAUUGGCACUUUUUAACAUUCUCAGAUUUCCACUCAACAUGCUCCCCAUGGUCAUUAGCAGUUUAGUUCAAGCUAAUGUUUCCUUGAAGCGCCUGGGAACAUUUCUCUCUCAUGAGGAACUGGAUUUAGAUACAGUGGACAAACAUUCAGUCCAUACUUCAUGGAACAGUAUCAUUGUGAAUGGAACUUUCAGGUGGUCUAAUGAGGAUCCCCCAUGUCUUAACAACAUGGAUGUUGAAAUUCCUGAAGGUUCUCUUGUGGCUAUUGUCGGACAUGUUGGAUGUGGCAAGUCUUCUCUACUCUCUGCGUUGCUUGGGGAAAUGCAGAAAACGGAAGGUUAUGUUGCUGUUAAGGGUUCAGUGGCAUAUGUCCCACAGCAAGCAUGGAUCCAAAAUGCGUCUUUAAGAGCAAAUAUUAUCUUUGGUCAGGAAUUACUGGAAGAAUGGUACAGAAAAGUGGUUGAGAGCUGUGCACUUCUACCUGAUCUGGAGAACUUGCCUGCAGGAGAUGAGACAGAAAUAGGCGAGAAGGGUGUGAAUUUAUCAGGUGGGCAGAAGCAGAGGGUGAGUCUUGCUCGAGCAGUUUACAGCAGAAAUUCUGUUUACUUUCUGGAUGACCCACUGUCUGCAGUUGAUGCACAUGUUGGUCGACAUAUUUUUGAUCAAGUAAUUGGACCCAAUGGUUUACUCAAUGGCAAGACCCGUGUCUUGGUGACUCAUAGUGUUAACUUCCUACCUCAAAUGGACAGGAUUCUGGUGAUGGUUGAUGGCAAAAUUUCAGAGUCGGGUACGUACAAGGAACUUUUAAAGCAAAAUGGAGCGUUUGCAGAAUUCCUACGUACAUACGCUCCUAGAGAAAAUGAAGCAGAAGCAGGACAAAGUCUAAAUCACAUUAGCCCACACAAGUCACCAAAAAAUUUCCACCAAAGUUUGAUCAAAUUAAAUUCAAUUUCUCAUGAUGAGGAAGCAACACCUUCUCAGCAAAAAAAUGCUCCAAAUCCGCAACAUGCGGGAGAACCAGCAAAGCAAGCAGCUGGUGUGAAACUGACAGAAGCUGAUAAAGCUCUGACUGGUAGGGUAAAAUUCUCAGUUUUCUGGGCAUAUAUGAAGGCAAUUGGGAUCUGCAUUUCUUUCUGCAUUGUUCUUUUCUACCUAUGCCAACAUGUAGCCUCCUUGACCUCUAAUUACUGGUUGAGUUUAUGGACAGACGAUCCAGUUGUUAAUGGGACCCAGCAACAUACUUCACUCAGACUGGCAGUGUAUGGCUCACUCGGACUUGCUCAAGGUGUUUUUGUGCUCCUUUCUUCAUUGAUGAUGAGUGUUGGAGGAAUAUCAGCUUCACGUUGGCUCCAUGUCCAUCUGCUCUAUGAUAUUCUGAUGUCACCAAUGAGCUUUUUUGAGCGAACCCCUAGUGGUAACUUAGUGAACCGCUUCUCCAAAGACAUCGAUACAAUAGACUCGAUGAUUCCAGUUGUGAUUAAAAUGUUCCUGGGAUCACUGUUUAAUGUUCUUGUUUCUUGCACGGUGAUUUUGAUAGCCACUCCAAUAGCUACAGUAAUCAUUCCACCCUUGGGACUUCUCUACAUAUUUAUACAGAGAUAUUAUGUGGCUACCUCACGUCAGUUGAAGAGAUUGGAAUCAGCUAGCCGAUCCCCCAUCUUUUCAAACUUUAAUGAAACGCUGCUUGGUGUCAGUGUUAUCCGAGCUUUUGGAGAGCAAGAACGUUUUAUACAUCAAAAUGAUGCCAGGGUAGAUGAAAACCAAAAAGCUUAUUAUCCCAGUAUUGUUGCCAACAGGUGGCUGGCUGUGAGACUGGAGUUUGUUGGCAAUUGCAUUGUACUUUUUGCUGCCCUGUUUGCGGUAGUUUACAGAGAUACUGUCAGCCCUGGGAUUGUUGGGUUGUCUGUAUCGUAUGCCCUACAGGUGACAUCAACAUUGAACUGGAUGGUACGCAUGACCUCUGAGCUGGAAACGAACAUUGUCGCAGUGGAAAGAGUGCAGGAGUACACGGACACUCCCAAAGAGGCACGUUGGAUUAACAGAAGUAAUCGACCACCUCAAACAUGGCCUUCGGAAGGCAAGAUAGAAUUUGUAAACUAUGGUUUACGGUAUAGAGAAGAUCUUGACUUGGCAUUGAAAGAUAUUACCGUAUCCAUAAAUGGAGGGGAAAAGGUUGGAAUAGUUGGAAGAACAGGAGCUGGUAAAUCUUCACUUGCACUUGGUCUGUUUCGUAUAAUUGAAGCUGCUGAAGGGCACAUCUAUAUUGAUGGAAUUGACAUUGCAAAAAUAGGUCUUCAUGAUCUCAGGUUUCAGAUUACCAUCAUACCUCAGGACCCAGUCUUGUUUGCUGGUUCACUUCAAAUGAAUUUGGAUCCCUUUCACCAGUACUCUGAUGCAGAUUUAUGGACAGCUUUGGAACUGGCUCACCUCAAAACCUUUGUGUCUGGCCUUCCUGAUACACUGAAUCAUGAAUGUUCUGAAGGUGGAGAUAAUCUCAGUGUUGGACAGCGACAGCUGCUUUGUUUAGCACGAGCACUGCUCCGGAAGUCGAAAAUACUAGUUCUUGAUGAAGCUACAGCUGCAGUGGAUCUAGAAACGGAUGAACUCAUCCAGUCAACAAUAAGAAACCAGUUUGCUGACUGUACAGUGCUCACGAUAGCCCAUCGUCUUAAAACUAUUAUGGAUUACACACGGAUUAUGGUUCUGGACAAAGGCCAGAUUGUAGAGUUUGAUACUAUACCUGCCCUUCUCCGCAGAAAGGGAGCCUUCUACAAAAUGGCAAAGGAUUCUGGACUUUUGUAAUUUGAAUUAUAUUUUCAGGGUUGUCUCAAGUUUUGAGUUGUUGCACAUAUAUUACAUCAAACAAAAACCUGAAUGUUAAAUCCUGUAAGUUGGCAAUUGGUGUGUGUUUAUAAAAAGUUUUUUGUAUAAAACAAAAUAUUUUCAUAUUCCUCUGCUUUCUAAAGAUUUUGAUUUUUUUCUUUCAGUUGAUAACUUCUUGCUUAUUUAAAUAUUUAUAGUACCUAUAAAUAUUAAGAUCUAAAUAAUAGGUGCAAAGCAUCGGGAUAUUGAAGUUGUAGUGCAUUAUGGUACUGCAUUUAUUUUUGACAAUUAUGAUAUUUCAUGAGUUGUAAAUCAUGAGGAAUGAUUAAUAAAAUUGUAGGUGCCUGAAUUUGAACAGGUUCUCACUUA